CGCCUUCGGCCAGCCUUCGCCAAUCAUGGAGCAUGGGAGUAAAAGUGAGUCUCGGCUGAAACUCUCGGAUUUCCAGGCCAUCAGAGAAGAGGAGAUUCCUGAUGCCACGGAAGGGGUGGAGCUUGAUCUCACAGGCUCCGGUUCAAGUUACAGUGGGGACUGUGCUCGCAGUUACCCAAGGCUUAUCAUGGAGGCGAACGGGUUGGGAUCCCAGGGUUUUCCAGAGUUGAAGAAUGACACGUUCCUGCGAGCAGCCUGGGGAGAAGACACAGACUACACUCCCGUUUGGUGCAUGCGCCAGGCAGGCCGCUAUUUACCAGAGUUUAGGGAAACUCGGGCUGCCCAGGACUUUUUCAGCACCUGUCGCUCCCCAGAGGCCUGCUGUGAACUGACUUUGCAGCCACUGCGUCGCUUCCCUCUGGAUGCUGCCAUCAUCUUCUCUGACAUCCUUGUUGUACCCCAGGCACUGGGCAUGGAGGUGACUAUGGUGCCUGGCAAAGGGCCCAGCUUCCCAGAGCCAUUAAGAGAAGAACGGGACUUAGAACGUCUCCGGGAUCCAGCAACAGUGACCUCCGAGCUGGGCUAUGUGUUCCAGGCCAUCACCCUUACCCGACAACAGCUGGCUGGGCGUGUGCCGCUGAUUGGCUUUGCUGGUGCCCCGUGGACUCUGAUGACCUACAUGAUUGAGGGUGGCGGCUCAAGCACCAUGGCUCAGGCCAAACGUUGGCUUUACCAGAAACCACAGGCUAGUCACCAGCUGCUUCGCAUCCUCACUGAUGCUCUGGUCCCAUAUCUGGUGGGACAAGUGGCUGCUGGUGCCCAGGCAUUGCAGCUCUUUGAGUCCCAUGCAGGGCAUCUUGGCCCACAGCUCUUCAGUAAGUUUGCACUGCCCUACAUUCGUGAUGUGGCCAAGCGGGUGAAGGCCAGGCUGCAGGAGGCAGGCCUGGCACCAGUGCCCAUGAUCAUCUUUGCUAAAGAUGGACAUUUUGCCCUGGAAGAACUGGCCCACGCUGGCUACGAGGUGGUUGGGCUUGACUGGACAGUGGCCCCAAAGAAAGCCCGGGAACGCGUGGGGAAGACGGUGACCUUGCAGGGCAACCUGGACCCCUGUGCUCUGUAUGCAUCUAAGGAGGAGAUUGGACGGCUGGUGCAGCAGAUGCUGGAUGACUUUGGGCCGCAGCGCUACAUUGCCAACCUGGGGCAUGGACUUUACCCUGACAUGGACCCAGAACACGUGGGGGCCUUUGUGGAUGCUGUGCAUAGACACUCACGUCUGCUUCGACAGAAUUGAGCACACACCUUUUCUCUCAGCUACCACUAACAAAGAUGAUUGAUUGUUUCCAGGAGAAUAAAAGUUCCAGAGGUGAAGUCUAA